GCAAAUAAGUUGGCCAACAAAGCUAUGGAAACCACGCCCUCUCUCCUUAUCCUAGCUCUAUCUUUCUCUGAUCUCUGGCUCUCUCUGUUGUUGGGUCGAAGAGGAAUGGCUUUCCCUGUUGAACUCAAGGUCCUUAUAAGUACUGUUCUGGCCUUAAUCCUUGUUCCUCCAGCUUCUAGUCAUAAGAAUAGUCAUCACUACUGUCCUCCUUCCUGUGGCAAUAUCCCCAACAUCAGCUAUCCGUUUCGACUUAAAGGCGAUCCAUCAAACUGUGGAGACCAAAGGUUUGAGCUCUCAUGUGAUGACAACAACCACACGUUGUUAUCUUUAUAUGAUGGUAGUAAAUACUAUGUAAGCCAAAUCAAUUACAACAGCUAUACAAUCCGAAUUGUAGACUUAGGUAUUCAGAGGAUAAUUACUCCUUCAUCCCUCGUUAUUUUCUAAACCGAGAUAAUUUUAGUAUUUCGAGGCUGCUGGACUGGAAUAUUCCAUAUAUUCCAUAUUUGACUGCAGUUGUGGCUAUUGUGAACUGUGAAAAGCCAGUGAGUUGGGCUUCCUCUUUGAUCCAUUGGGACACGACUUCUACAAAGUGUUCUAUUAUUAGUAAUAGAUAUGGGUCUUCUUCCAACUCAUCUUUUUCUCAAGAUUCCAAACGGUACAUAUAUCUUAUUGUUGGCUAUGGAGUGAAUGUGAUGGAUGUGGAGGAGUCAUGCACGAUAGAGCAAAUGUCUCUGACAUCGUGGCCAGGACAAAUUUCUGUUGAUCCUAAUAUUUCCUGUACAGACAUCCGUAAUGUAUUCUCAUAUGGUUUUGAGCUUUCAUGGUACCGAUGGGGAAAUUUACCUACUUGGGUUAUUUUCUUGCUAGAACAGGUCUAUACUGCAGGACCCCUACCAAUCUCACAAUAUAAUUUGGUAGGUUUAUUAAUUGGAUUACUGUUCGAUUGGCAUGUGGCAAUCAGUGUAUUAGGUGCUCCAUUUGUGAUUGCAUUUUUGAUAUAUAAAUGGCGAAGGAGGCACUUAUCCAUGUACAAUGAUGUUGAGGAAUUUCUGCAAAGCCAAAAUAACCUCAUGCCAAUAAGGUACUCUUUCUCAGAAAUUAAGAAAAUGACCAAAGGUUUUAGGGAAAGAUUGGGUGAAGGAGGAUUUGGCACAGUAUUUAAAGGAACACUUCGAAGUGGACGUCUUGUAGCAGUAAAGAUGUUAAGCCAAUCCAAAGCAAAUGGGCAAGAUUUUAUCAAUGAAGUUGCAACCAUUGGAAGGAUCCAUCAUGUGAAUAUAGUGCAACUCAUUGGUUUUUGUGUUCAUGGUUCAAAGCGUGCCCUUAUAUAUGAGUUCAUGCCCAACGGAUCUCUAAACAAACACAUUUUUUCAUCAGAGGCAAAUAUCCUCAACUACGAGAAAACAUAUGAUAUUGCUUUAGGAGUGGCUCGCGGGAUUGAGUAUUUACAUCAAGGAUGUGACAUGCAAAUUUUACAUUUUGACAUUAAGCCUCACAACAUUCUUCUUGAUGAAAAUUUGAAACCCAAAGUUUCAGAUUUUGGCUUAGCAAAAUUGUACCCGGUGGAAGAUAGUAUCGUUCCUUUGACUCGUGCAAGAGGAACGUUUGGAUACAUGGCUCCUGAAAUGCUUUACAAAAAUAUUGGAGGCGUUUCAUACAAAGCUGAUGUCUAUAGCUUUGGAAUGCUGUUGAUGGAAAUGGUGAGCAGAAGAAAGAACUUGCAUGCAUCUACAGAACAUUUAAGCCAAAUUUACUUCCCCACUUGGAUAUAUGAUCAAUUCCAUGAUGGAAAGAAUAUAGAAAUUGAAGAUGCUACUGAAGAUGAAAGAAAACUAUGUAAGAAGAUGAUGAUAGUUGCAUUAUGGUGCAUACAAUUGAAGCCUAGCGAUCGUCCAUCAAUGAUGAAAGUCAUCAAAAUGCUUGAAGGAGAUGUUGAAUGCUUACAAGUUCCUCUCAAGCCUCUCCAACCAUCACCAAAGAGAGAGAUAAAGGGUGGUAGAGAUAAUUCAAAUCAAGCUUCAUCAUCAAUUUAAUCAGAUGAAUCAAGCCUUGCUUAAUUUUUAUUGUUUGUCUUUCUAAAAUUGAACUAUCUCUUUUUUUCCUUUUUUAAGAGAAGUUUGCUUCGAGCCCACGAAAAAAGAAAAGAUCGACAAUUUAAGGUCAUAAUCUUUCUAUGCUUGUUGUAGUAUAUAUACUUUGCAGUGCCCUAAAAAUAAGUAUCGAUCUAAAUAUAGUUUGAUGCUACUCAUCCAUGUAUAAAUUUUUUACACAUCUC